CCCACACUUCCCGUCUGAACGCGCCAUGUAGCAUAUUCACCAUGUCUCUCCGCCAUGGAAUACGCAGAAUACCCGUUGGGAGGGCACUCCAAGCUUCUACAUACACUCAACCCUCUAUAACACCCUCAAUACCGCGUUCCUGGCAACGAUGGAGCUCUGCAGCGGUCUCUCCGGCUUCCGAACGGAUACUAUUCCCGGGAGCCCUGAAUAGCAAGCUUACCAAUGAUCUCGAAUUCACGUCGCCGUCGACCGCGGAGGCCAUCCCUACGUUCCGGGUUAUGGAUCAGGAUGGAGUUGUGAUUAACAACGAGAGGGGCGUUGGUACUACAGAUGAAGAGGCGGUCACAUUAUACACUCAAAUGGUGCUAUUAAGCAUUAUGGAUACCAUCAUGUUCGAAGCCCAGAGACAAGGCCGCUUAAGUUUCUACAUGGCUUCUGCUGGUGAAGAAGCUAUCACCAUUGGAGCAUCCAGCGCCCUCGACAUUGGCGACGUCGUCUUUUGCCAAUACCGUGAGACAGGCGUUUAUCUUCAACGAGGCUUCACUCUAGAACAAUUUAUGAGCCAGAUGUUCUCGAAUCAUAAAGACGUAGGGCAUGGCAGGAAUAUGCCUGUCCACUACGGAAGCCGAGAAUUGAACAUCCACACCGUCUCUUCCACUCUCGCCACUCAGAUCCCUCACGCCGCUGGCGCAGCGUACGCUCUCAAGAUGCAAAAUGCUCAACGACCAGACCUGCCACCCAGAAUCGCUUGCACUUUCUUUGGUGAAGGCGCUGCUAGCGAGGGUGACUUCCACGGCGCCUUGAACAUUGCCGCAACCCGCGGCAGCCCCGUAAUCUUCCUCUGCCGAAAUAACGGCUUCGCGAUCUCAACCCCGACCAGGGACCAGUACCGAGGCGACGGUAUCGCCAGCCGCGGCGCAGGCUACGGCAUAGAGACUAUCCGUGUCGACGGCAACGACAUCUUCGCUGUUCGUGAAUCUAUUAAAGAAGCGCGCAAGAAGACUCUCGAGGAUGGCGGCAAGCCUAUCCUUGUCGAGAUGAUGGCGUACCGUGUUGGCCAUCAUAGCACUUCCGACGACAGCUUCGCGUACCGUCAACGAGUCGAGGUUGAGGACUGGAAGCGCCGUGAUAAUCCUCUCACCCGGCUACGGAAGUGGCUAGAGGGCCGCGAGCUAUGGAACGAGCAGAAAGAGGGGGAGCUGCGCCGGAAGUUACGGAAGGACGUUCUGGGCGCUUUCGCACAAGCUGAAAAUGAGAUGAAGCCUGCGCUGAAGUAUGCUUUCACAGACGUGUGGGAGAACGUCACAGAAGAGCAAAAGAGCCAGGUCACGGAGUUGCUUGGUGUUCUUGAGACGUAUCCCGAGGAGUACGAUAUUGAGCAUCAUGAGGGUGGCUUGGAUAGCUUGAGGGAGUUGGUGAAGAAGUAGGGUUGUUGCGGAUCUAGACGCAUUCUGGUUGACCUGGAGUCCGUAUGGUCAUUAUUACAUAUCGGCGUUCGUGCUCUACAAGAUAAUGCAUAGAACAUUACAUUUUACCUCUAAGGUUUCCCAUC